CUUAAUGGACAUCUCUAAGCUCGAAUACUUUUUUGAUGUUCACCCUAUUAGCACUGUAGUUAUUAUGACAAUUUGUCUUUCAUGUAUCCGAUGGACGUUGAAUAAAUUGUCACCAUCUCGGUUCGUCAAUAUAGAUGAACCAUCGCCUUUUAAAAGCCUGGUUUUGAGAAACAAAAUCAAUGAGUCGCUUUGGUUUUUGAUCUAUUAUACGUUCUCGUUCGGAUACAACGUCCGAAUCCUAAUAGAUAAACCCUGGAUCUGGGACACGUCUCAGUACUGGUCCACCUCAAAUAUAUAUCCAUUUAGCUUCAAAUUUCUGUAUUUUUUACAGUUGUCAUUUUAUAUCUCCGCUCUAUGUUUCGUAUUAUUUUUGAGCAAUGCACGUAAAAAUCAUCAAGACAAAUAUGCGAUGAUGAUUCAUCAUAUGGCAAGCAUUGGUCUGAUCCUUUUCUCAUACAUUCUACGAGAAAUUCGAAUUGGGAGUUUUGUAAUGUGCCUGCACGAUGUAUCAGACAUUUUUUUAGAAAGUGCCAAAAUAUCUCGAUACAUAAAUUGCCACCAAGCCAAAGUCAUCUUAUUCAUAUGUUUUGCCCUGGUAUUCUUUGUAUCCCGUCUAAUAAUUUACCCUACACGGGUCCUAUAUCCCGCUGUCUUGCAAAAGUCAGGCAAAUACUACGAAUGGAUCGUACGGGUACCUAAAGGAUCUAUAAACCGAAAAAAAACAAUGUUAAUUAAUUGGAAAAUACCACAACUUCAGUUUUGGUUCAUCGGGCUGGGCUCACUGCAGCUCUUGCACAUAUAUUGGUUUAUACUGAUACUUAGAAUGAUUUGUGGAGCGCUGAAAAAUCGUAAACUGAAAGAAGACAUAAGAAGCGAUGAUGAAGAAGAAUUAGUAGUAGUAGAAAAAACCAAAGUGAGGACUGAAUAAAAAGACUCCACAUAUAAUAGGCAAAUAA